AUGCGAUCUUUUGUCAGUGCACGAGGACCCGCCAUGAAGGCUCUUCUGGGAAGCAGCCGCGCCCGCAGCAGUUUCUUUGCCUCUGUUCCCAUGGGAGAGCCGGACUCCAUCUUGGGCCUCUCGCUCGAGUUCCAACGGGAUUCCCACCCCGAGAAGGUCAACCUUGGCGUUGGCGUUUACCGCGACGACGCGAACAAGCCGUACGUUCUCGAGUCGGUGAGGAAGGCGAGCGUUGGCAACGACAUGGAGUACGCCCCGAUCAACGGUGUGCCGGCCUUUGUGACGGCGGCGCAAAAGCUGUGCUUUGGUGAGGAUUGUCCAGCACUCCGUGAUGGCCGCGUUGCGAGCUGUCAGGCGGUUGGAGGGACCAGUGCGCUGCGCAUUGGUGGUGAAUUGCUCAGCCGCUUCAUGAACAACUGCACCGCGAUAUACGGCCCCAACCCUGGCUACGCCAACCACGCGGGGAUCUUCAAGAAAGCCGGAAUGACCCUGCCAACGUACACGUAUUACAAUCCCCUCACGAGGUCCUUGAACUUGCCUGGCAUGCUCCAGUCCUUGGAGGAGAUUCCAGAGGGCUCUGUUGUUCUUCUGCACGCCUGCGCCCACAAUCCUACUGGCGUCGACCCUACUCAGAGCGAGUGGAUGCAGGUGGCAGAGGUGAUUAAGCGGCGGAACCUCUUGCCGUUUGUGGAUAUGGCCUACCAGGGGUUUGCCACUGGGGACCUCGACCGCGACGCCUUUCUGCCACGCCACCUCGUCAGGACAGUUCCGAACGUAAUAGUCGCUCAGUCUUUUUCAAAGAACUUUGGUCUGUACGGGCUCCGCUGCGGUGCACUGCAUGUGGUUGUUGACAGCCCGGCGGAGACGGAACGUGUUUUGUCGCAAUUGGCUCUCAUCAUCCGUGCAAUGUACAGCAACGCUCCGCUCACAGGAGCUCGCAUUGUGAGCUCCAUUCUUGCCUCUCCUGAGCUCACGGUGCAGUGGAAGAAUGAGCUGAGGGGGAUGUCAGACCGUCUGCAGAGCGUGCGUCAGCGCCUGGUGAAGGAGCUGCAGAACUGCGGUUCAAUUCGUGACUGGUCGCACAUCGAGCGUCAAAUCGGCAUGAUGUCGUACACCGGUUUAACAAAGGAGCAGGUGGAGAAACUAAAGAGGAUGCACCACGUGUACAUGACCCUGAAUGGCCGUGCAGCUAUCUCCGGAGUGAACAGCACCAACGUCGCCUACGUGGCAAAGGCCUUUCACGAGGUUUCUAAGUAA